AUGGAUUCUAAUAAAACUUUAACUGUAACAGCUGAACCAUAUUCAUUCGAAUUCAUACCAAACCAAUGCGCAUUACUGAUUAUUGAUAUGCAGCGAGACUUUUUAGAACCUGAUGGUUUUGGUGCAAUGCUUGGCAAUGAUGUUGGGCAACUCCGUCGUACACUUGGUCCAAAUCAGAAACUAUUGGCAGCGUGGCGAACUUGUGGCUUACAGGUUAUACAUACUCGUGAAGGUCAUCGUUCAGACUUAUCUGAUCUUCCAUUAACAAAGAAGAUUCGUGGUCGAGGUAAAAUGUGUAUUGGUGAUGUAGGUCCGAUGGGUCGCAUUUUAGUACGAGGUGAACCUGGACAUGAUAUUGUUCCAGAGCUUUAUCCAUUACCUGGUGAACCGAUCAUUGAUAAAUGUGGAAAAGGUGCAUUCUAUGCAACUGAUCUUGAUGCUAUCCUUACGAAUUACAAUAUAAAACAGUUGAUCGUUACUGGAGUAACUACUGAAGUUUGUGUCAGUACUACUGUACGUGAAGCUAAUGAUCGAGGCUAUGAAUGUCUUGUUCUUGAGGAUUGUGUCGGAUCGUAUUUUGAAAAGUUUCAAGUAGCAGCUCUAGAUAUGAUCAAGGCACAAGGAGGUAUAUUUGGUUGGGUAUCACAAUCAGACAAAGUUCUUGACGUUCUUAAAUAA